UUUUUCUGUAUACCAAAUGGCGCCCAAUUCCAAACAGACAAUCUCCGAUUCUGCUAAAAUCAACAGUAACAUGGAGGCGCACUAUAGAGGAGUUAGGAAGAGGCCAUGGGGGAGGUACGCCGCCGAGAUCCGUGAUCCCCACAAGAAAACUCGUGUCUGGUUAGGCACCUUUGAUACGGCGGAGAAGGCCGCUAAAGCUUACGACGCGGCGGCGCGUGAGUUUCGUGGUCCUAAGGCGAAAACUAAUUUCCCUAUGUAUGAUUACAAUGGCUUGAGUCAAUACAGUCCGAGUCAGAGCAGUACCGUUGAGUCUUCGAGUCGCGAUCCGGAACCGGUGGUAGCGUUCGAUCUCAACCUCUCGUACGGCGUCGCUGCUACCUCAGCUGUGGAAAAACAAAACGGAUUUUUCACGCCGCCGGCGAGCCAGGUACAGAUGCUUUACUUUAACGAAAGCCUUUCCGCCGUUCGUUUCCGGCAACAUGUGGUUGCUCACUGUGAAGACUCCGACUCGUCGUCAGUUGUCGACGGGAAUCCGUCUUCGUCGCCGCGGCUUAUCGGAAUCGAUCUCAACUUUCCGCCACCAGAGGAAUAAAAAUUCGAAAGCAUAGAUAUUGUACUUUUUGUAUAAUUUAGUGAACAAGGUACAACUUAGUUACCGAUAAGAUCUUUCACCGCCGAUCAUCAGCGUCGCCGCCGUGUGUGUGUAAAUACCAGAUCCGAUCUUCGGUUUCUCUUUUGUAACGUUUAGAUAAAAUCUCAGUGUAAUUUCUCCUGUGUUGGUGGUAAAACGAGAACAUGAUGUUAUAAAUUUUAGCAGAAGAUUUUGCAAA